CACUUCAAAUGGGCAGAGCUUUACAGGGAUAACUAACUUCUGCCCAAUGUACAGACACAGAGCCUAUAUGCCAUGGACUUACUCCUAUUGUACUGCUGGUAAGUAGUCAUAUUGUUUUCACAGUGCCACCCAUGUGUAGCCUAAAUGCCAAAUUGCAUGUCCAUGAUGCUUUUAUAAUGCAGAGUAUUCAGUGUGAUUACUGUGCAAGACAAUAGUCUCAUGUAGGUGUCAGUAGUAAUUCUGCAUGUGAUUUGUCAGGGUGGGCAUGAUACACAUUUAUAUGGGGGCAGCUCAUACACCCCAAUGCCAUUUCCAUAGGGGAGAUUGCUUCUUAUAGGCUGAUGCGAGUAUGAAGAGCAUCCCCCGGCAGUAGCAGCGACAGCAGCGACAGCAGCACAUCCCACUUGAGCUGCUAAGUGAGACUUUGCCAGUGUCAAUGUCCAAGCGACGCCCCUGCAGUGGGAAGAUCCAUCCUGGGCUGCGCUCCAUGCGAGGAAACUUUAGAGAGCCAACGUGCAUUACUAAUACCCAGCAGCCCCUCUCCCAGCCAGCGGAUGAUCGCUCAGUAUCGCCUGUACUUUGUAGCACCAUCGCUCCACGCUUCUCUGUGCUUGCAGCCAAAGCCUUCACCUCCCACAUCUGUUUGUCUCCCAGAGCUGCUUUCCCUGUGUAAAUAACUGAGCUUACACGCGAGUGCCGGUUGUUGCACAGACCAGUCCAGAUUAUCUGCGAUUUUGAGGGCAGGAGAAAGAGAGCGGGAGAGAUUCAUGAGAUCUGGGGACCUAACGUGAUUGCGGUGUGUGAGAUGCUGGAAUGGCUUUGCCUCGUAUCUUGGGCUGAUUGUCUGUAAGUGGCUCGGGCACAAGUUCGGCCGAAGGAUUCGAGCCUCGAGGAUGCGGGGAUCUGCCGGCAGGAAUAUGUUGCAGGUCUCCUCUCUCCUCCUCAGCCUGGCAGCAGCCUUUUCUAGAGUGACAGAAAGUCGUGGAAUAGUAGACAGCAUACAGAGGUUUACUUUGCUUCCAACUUACCUUCCUGUGAGCUAUACGAUUCAACACAGUGAUGUUUCCUUCUCCCUUAAAGAAGCAAACCAGGACAUCAUGAGGAAUUCCACUUUGCAAUCCAGAGUUGAGUCAUUCCUUAUUUAUAAGGCAAAGCAACAACCAGUAAUCAAUGCCACGUAUGGACCAUUUGUUGUAGAACAACCUGUACCGCCAGAUAUACUUUUGAUUCAUGGCCAUUUUGAAUCUACGGAGAAAUUUACAUUUAACUGGAAAAUUAAAGCCAAUAUCCUAAAUGAAAAAGUUUAUGCUGCCAAACCCAAAGUACAGAUUUUAUUUUACAUUGUGGGAAGAGACUGGGACGACUACAGCACCACAGAAACCCUUCCUUGUGUAAAGGUUUUUGCUUUUCGUGAGACAAGAGAAGUAAAGGGGAUCUGCAAAUUAACUGGGGAUGUAGGGUUGUGCGUGGUGGAGCUGGAGCUUUUGUCUAGUUGGUUUGACCCACCAACGGUGGUGGUUGGUCACAGAAGGAUGUCAGAACAACCAGAGGGAAGCAAAGUGGAAUUAUACUAUGCCAUUCAACCAAGCAAUGACAAGGGAGAAUGUAUCAAAGAAGAUAAAAGGAAAAGUGGUAUGCGACCACAACAGAUUUACAUGGAUGACACUGGGCCACCACUUCAAAGGAUUGGAAGUGUUUACCUCUAUCAGUCCAGCAACAACCAUUCUUUCUAUGAAAUACAAUUGGAUGGUAAUAUAGUCAUUCGUUCCUUAUUUCGGAGUGUAAGGAAAGGUGACAUUUUAACAUUCUUUGUGUUCAUUUUUAAAAACUCAACUCAAGCAAAGUUCAAGUUAAGGGCAAAAGUGACCGAAGGAGUGAAUUUAAUCGGCAUAAGGACUAUUUCACGUUUGUGGGAUGUGAAAGAAAAUUUGGAUUUCCCUGGCAAAUUAUCACCUGUGGUUAUUGACUGCCAGCGGAUAUCAUCUCUUUCAGAAAGCAGCAUAGAUGAAACCUUCUAUGAGAUUUUCCAAAUUGAUUUCAGGAUUGGCAGUGUUAGUGACCCAUCAGGAAUCCAGAUAAUAACCUGGCAAAGUGAAUACUUUGGACAAAGCUUAUCAGAACUGGGAGUAUCUAAAAUAUAUGUUAAUGAAAGAGAUAUUGUAGACGUGAUCCCUAUUGCUAUGGAAGCAGAGAUACUGAACACAGCUAUACUUACCGGCAAGACAGUAGCGGUUCCUGUUAAGGUGAUCUCUGUAGACAGCACAAGCGCUGUAGCGGAUAUCUCUGAAGCUGUAGAGUGUCGAUCUGCGGAUGAAGACGUGUUAAAGGUUUCUGAUCGAUGUGACUAUGUCUUUGUGAACGGAAAGGAAAUGAAAGGAAAGGUGAAUGCUAUUGUGCAUUUCACUUACCAGCACUUUAAAGCCUCACUGUUGAUGACAGUCUGGGUCCCCCGGCUCCCGUUGCAGAUAGAUCUGUCUGACACUGAAUUGAAUCAGAUCAAAGGUUGGAGGGUUCCAAUUAUGUCUAAUAAAAGACCAGCAAGAGACAGCGAGGAUGAAGAAGAUGAUGACAAGAAGGGAAGAGGCUGCACUCUGCAGUACCAACAUGCAACAUUGCGUGUUCUCACACAAUUUAUAGCGGAACAUUCUGACAUUGUUGGACAGCUCUCCUACCUUCUAGGAUCUGAUUGGCAAGUUGACAUUACAGACCUGAUUGCUGAAUUUAUCGAAAUGGAUGAGCCCAAAGUUGUCAGGCUUCAGGGACAAAUUCUCAUUGGCCAAGAAGUUGGAAUGACAACUUUGCAGAUAUUAUCCCCACUUUCAGAUGCAAUUCUUGCUGAAAGAACAGUGAUGGUGGUCGAUGAAAAGGUGUCUAUAACAGAUUUAACCAUUCAAGUGGUGACUGGGCUGUCACUUUCUCUUCAACUUAGUCCAGGAAGCAACAGGGCAAUCUAUGCAACAACUAUAGCACAUGAGCACCUUUCUACUGCAAAGCAGGAAGUUGGAAUCGGUUGCUGGAUUCAAUUUAGUGAUGGUACAUUGAGCCCCUUGGAUGUAUAUGAUCUAAAGGACUUUGCACUCAGUGUUACAUCAUUAGACGAGAAUAUUUUCUCUGUUUCUCAGGAUUCCAAAUCAAAAUGGCCCAUUUUUUCAGCUGUAGCAGAAGGUCAAGGAGGGCUGGUCAAAGUGGAGCUCAUGAUUAGUGAAGCAUGUCAGAAAUCCAAAAGAAAGAGUGUUCUUACCGUUGGCCUUGGAAAUAUUAAAGUCUACUUUGGUGAGAAGAAUGAGAAUAUUAGCAGAAACAUCAAUCGUGGACACCAUUUUGACAACCAUGGCAUUGGGAGAAGGCCAAAGACUCAGCUGGAAAUGGCUAGGCCGGAUGUUGCCUACUUUGGUACACCUUCUAUGAACAGUGAUUUUGAAAUCAUGAAUAGAGCAACAACUGAUAAAUCUCAACUAGGUCGGACAAGAGGAAGAGAGAGUCUUUUGGAUGAUGAAAGUCAACUUCCAAUGGAUUUCACCAGCUUCCCUGCACAAGUUGAUCUACCAAACAGUAAUGGAGACCUGGAGGAAAAUGAUUUCGCACAAACUGCAAGAGGAUUAAGUGAUUUAGAAAUUGGAAUGUACGCCUUACUUGGAGUCUUUUGUCUUGCUAUAUUAGUCUUCCUUAUUAACUGUGUAACAUUUGCAUUAAAAUAUAGGCACAAACAUAUACCUGUAGAUGAGCAGGAGACCAUGACACACUCACAUGACUGGGUUGGUCUUACCAAUAGGACAGAGCUAUUGGAAAAUGUUGUAAACUUCCCAUCGCAACAGGAGGAGUGCAUAACAGCUGUGGGGAGAGGGGUGAAUGUUGAAGAAAGUAAAUAUCUCCUCAAUACAAACCAUCCGAAAAUUGUUAAUGGACAGGCAUACAGGUCUGCAGAGACUUCCUUUAGUGAAGGGAAAGAACAGAGAGGAGAGACUUCUGCCUCACCUACGUCAAAAAGGAAACGGGUCAAAUUUACUACUUUUACUACCAUCCCCUCCGAGGAUGGCUGCCAAGUUGUCAGUCCUAUUCUGAUAAACCAUGAAGAUGAUAUAAAAUGGGUAUGCCAAGAUUUAGACAUGGGGGAAUGCAGGGAAUUAAGAAACUAUAUGGAACGAUUACAUGAAAACGUGUAACAAAUUCAACACAUUUCUUUGGUGAAACUGAGUUAGCAAUUUACACUGAAUCUAAAAAAAAUUACCAUUUUUGUUACAGGAUAUUAUGAACUGGUUGCAUUAAACAGAAUGACUGAUGAAUGCACAAAAUUCCAACUUUUUUUAUGGACUACAAAAAUAUAGAAGCUAUUUAUUGUCUACAGUGUGUUUUAAGCCCAGAGAGACAAUGGUCUGAAGGAUGCUGUCAAUCAUUAAAAACAUUAAAAUAAAAGGAGACCAUGUGAUGCCACUGACAGAAACUUGCCACUGCUUCUGUUUCUAAUUCUGUAUCGUAUGUGCUGUAGCUAACUGUACAUACAAACAUAACAAUGGAUUUCUUUCAUUUGUCUUUUUAAA